GCCAAUCAGCUGCUCUUCCAGUUGUCAAAUUGGAAAAAGGCUGCGCGCAGAUAUACGCAGCCGUCGGGAGGAUUGUUGUUUCUUUUGGUAUAUUAUCUCAAGUGUGAAUCCUUUGGGGGUGUGUGAAGAUGUCAGGGGCACUGAAAUUGACGACAGGAUUGACUGGAUUGGCUGUCUCUGCGAAUCCUCAUCACACCCUCGGUGUGCUGUACAGCAAGAUCCUCAGGGCGCUGCAGAAGAUGCCCCAGGAUGCGGCGUACAGGAAAUACACGGAGAAAGUCGUGCAGGAGAGAGCGACAAUCGUGUCAACUACAGCCGACGUGAAGGCUAUAGAGUCCCGGAUUGGGUGCGGUCAGGUGGAGGAGUUGAUCGUGCAGGCGGAGAAUGAGUUGAUUCUGGCGCGCAAGAUGCUCGGCUGGAAGCCCUGGGAGACGCUGGCCACCAAAGCACCUGCCAAUCAGUGGGAUUGGCCGCCGGCGCAGAUCAAGCAGGGCCAGUAGAUCACGUGUGACGUGUAGAUGGAUCCUUGGGAGAAUAUAUAUUGAUAGAUA